CGAAACCCUCGACACCCAUUUUCCCCCAAUCCCCAAAUCCUCCAUGGACGAACACGCCGGCGGCCGCCGCCGCGCCGAUCCGCCUCCGUGGUCUCCUCCGCUUCAGCUUCCCCCAGACGACAUGCUCCUGGAGAUCCUCCUCCGCCUCCCGCCGGAGCCCAUCCACCUGUUCCGCGCCUCCUUCGUCUCCAAGCACUGGCGCGGCCUCGUCCACGACGCCCGCUUCCGCCGCCGCUUCCGCGAGUUCCACGGGGGGACGCCUCCCAUGCUCGGCUUCUUCAACAGCUGCCCAGGGGCUCCCAUCUUCGUCCCCACCUCCGGCGGCUUCGCGCUCUCCACCGCUAACAUGUCCCUCGAUUGGCGGGCCCUCGAUUGCCGCCACGGCCGCGCCCUCCUGCACAACUACGGUACCAGGACGCUCCUCGUCUGGGACCUCAUGACCGGCGACGAGCGCUACCUACCGUUCCCCACGCAAGCCCAUCUGGAGAACGUCCAUUACAAUGGCGCGGUUCUCUGCGCGGCUGGCCACACGGGCCACGGGGACUGCCAUUCCUGCCCGUUCCUCGUGGCAUUCGUGUUCAGCAGCUACAGAUAUUGCAUCACCUCUGCCUGCGUCUACUCGUCCGUGACCGGCGUCUGGGGUGAGAUCACUUCGAUUCAUACACCAGAUUCAUUAGUUGAUGCAAAGCCGACAGCUCUGGUUGGAAACACACUCUACUGCCUGUUGAGUAAUGAGGAUAGCAUCAUUGAGUUUAAUUUGGAUAAGAAUAGCUUGGAUUUAAUUGAGGUUCCAUACGGUGGAAAUUUUAUCAUCACACUGGCACAGGAUGGUCCUCUAGGUUUCGCCAGUGUUGAUCGAUUCAGCCUACAUUUGUGGUCAAGGGUAGCUAGCAUCGAUGGGGUGGCAUCAUGGGAACAUAUCAGGGUCAUUGAUCUGGAGAAGCUUUUUGCGCCACAAGUAUUGGCAGCGUGUAUGGAUCGAAUGUGGCCUGUUGGCUAUGCUGAAGAUGCGAAUGUGAUCUUCAUUCAUGUGUAUCCUCGCACCUACAUGAUCCAUCUCAAGUCCAUGCAGAUUGAGGGGAUUUUAGAGGAAGCAACUGGCUGGUCCAUUUUUCCUUAUGCAAGUUUCUACACUCCAGGACCAGGAAUCACCACUGGUGGUGGAGAUGAUCAAGUUGAACUGUUAAAUGGCACUUGAGAUGAUUGGGCUUUCACAUCUUCUGUCAUGCUUUUUUGGCCUAAGAGGUACCUAGGAUUAUUGGUUGCCGUGAUCCUGCAACUACAUGCAGAAACAAUUUACUCAUGCUGGUUCUUCAGUAUUUUGUAAACGUCGACAGCUCAAUGUGGCUGUAAAGAAAUUCGUACAAGUUGCCGAAUGUGGUGCUAAUCUUACAAAAUGUGCUGAAUUUUGAAUGUUAUCUUUGCCAAUUACUAUAUGUGGUAACAAACCGGCAGCACUUGGUAAAAAUUAUUUCAUACUUCUGAAUAUUGCUGUUGAGAAUAUGACAUUUGUUUGGCCUAUAUGUCGUACUUCAGAAAAUUAUGUCAUACAGCACUUCAGAAUAUUUCUGUACGUGUUGUCUGUUUGUGUCUUCAGUAAUGUUUUAUGGCACAUUUGUGCCGAACCGAUU